CAAUUGCUGUGGAAAGGUUCACCAACGGAACGUAAAUAAAGUAACACUCAGUGGAACCGCUACAUUUAACCAGGCUCAAAAGUGGUUGUCGUUGUUUUACUAUCAGUGUUUUAGGGUGUGUGGCCAUGACUCGGGGUAGGAGGACUAAGUUGGAGCCCUGGAUAGAGCAGGUCAUCCUGAGUUAUGGCACAGAGCCAGAGGAGAAGAAGAACACUCUGAUGAAAGCGCAUGUUGUGGGGGUUGGCCGGAUGUCAGAGUCCCAGGCCCGGCAGACUGAGGGUUUGACAACGUUGCUGUUCCUCUCUGAUGGAGUGGUGCACAUCCCCGCCAUACUGACCCAGGACGCCUGGGAGACUCUUCAGGAGCAGGAGGACCGUGAGUGCUUCUCCAGUCUCAUUAAUUGCACAGUGUGUGUGUUUUCAUACACACUGAAGUUCAACAUGGACUCUGAGCAGACAAGGAGCCAGUUUUACUUAUCGGUUGGUGAGCUGACCACCACAUCAGCUGGGGCUGCUAAAGACAACACCCCUUGCUGCACAUCGCUCAACUCAGUCAGACAAAGGAUCUGUACAACAUGGAGAUCCCUGCUUGCUCAGGAUUCUGUCCAUACUCCGAACACCCAGUCUGGUACGGAACUCUAUACACUCUGCACUACAUUGAUGAUUUGUAUCCUUAUUGUUUGCCACACCUGUGUAUAUAACUGUGUUUCCUGUCUCCUAGAGUUCAGUCUGUCAGAGCUGCUGGGGGAGUGGCAGCAUGACUGGCGCCAGUCUCUGUUGAAGGAUGUGAUGGAACUCCUGAGGACGCCCACAAACCUCCCCUCCCCACAGGCCUCAACCUCCAACGCCCUCACACACACUGGCACCAGAUGGGCUAUUGAAAGGUUCAGAUAUAAGAGGGAGGAUACUUUCAAUGUCCCUGUGUCUCACCUACACAUCCCAGAUAAUCUGAGUCAGAAACUGCACGCACCCUCAGAAGACAACAGUGAAACGCAGAGUGGACUGGUCCCUCCAUCUGAAGACAGACCGACAGACCCACCAGAGACAGAUCAACCAAUCGUUGCUGCUGACAGCAGGCAGACUGACAGGCCAGUGCCUCUGGAGAGAAGACAUCCUGCCCAUGAGCCCACACUUUCUCGUGACUUAUGUUUGUUAACUGAGGAGAGUAUGGAUGGCGAGGUGGUGUCAGGGAUGACCGGAGGAGCAGUGGCGAGCCCAUGGGAUAUGUUUGCACCAGCAGCAGAGCUGCUCAGGACCUCCUCUGCAUCUGAUGAAUCCAUCACCUCGGAGCCCCUCCCCCUCCAGAAGAGCCAGUCUCUGCUUGACUCCACUCCACAACCAGUCACUCUUGCAACAUUUCCCCUGGCAACCAGCACCCAGGUGCCAUCCCUGACCCCUGGGGCCACCCAAAGGUCAGGCGAGCGCUCCCUUCAUCCUUAUCAAAAACCAGGCCCCUCCCACAGCCUACUCCCCUCCAGUGGCUCCUCCUCCACUGUGAGUCUAUCUACAAAGAACCAACACUCUGGCAUGAAGCUCCACCACGGUAGCUCAACCACAGCACAUCAACUUACAAUCACAGAGCAGCAAGAUCAGGUGGAGGAAGAGGAGGAUGUUGUGAAGAGGUGGUGUAGUAAGGCUAAGAGGAAGAGUUCCGUGCAGACCUCAGAGGAUAAUGAUAUCACCUUGGAGGAGGAAGAUAUGCAGAAGAAACGCAGCCCGCCCUCCUGGAUGUUUGAAACUCAGGAUAUUCCCAGGAUUGGGGAGGGAAGCAGCUGCAAUCAGAACGCAGUUGCAGCAAUAGCCCCCCAGAGGCCCUCCAAUGUUCACAGUGAUGGCACUUUGUUCUCAUAUUCUUAUCAGCUGUGUGGCCACAUUUCGAAGGAUUUAAGCCAUUUAAAGAUUCCUGAUGGCAUGUUGCACUGGGCUGUACGGUACCUGGUCCCUUCCAUGCAGACGGAGGUUGUCAAGGAUACACAGCUGCGACCCCAGACUCACCCCAGUUGACAACCUGAGGUCAUCACCCCCAUCUUCCCAUUGUGUUGAAUCCAUAGUGUACAGAGGCAGCUUUGUUUUUUUUAUGAAUCUCUAUUGUUAUGUUUAUGUAACAUUCUGAAUAUUGAUACAUAUACAUUAGUAAUUGAAUUGUCAACUCUAUUGUGAAGCAGGCAAAUGUGAAUUUAUCAACAGCAAGAUAAUUUCAUUGUCAGUUACACAGAUGUUCUUUCCUUAAUUUGACAUUUGAAUAACACACAUGCACUUAUUUCCUUAUGCAAACAUUCACUGGCUGCUAUAAUAAAAUACAAAUCAUAUCA